AUGGAAAUGUGCGCCGAAGGAAAAUGCUGUGCAAUGCCACCAAUUCAACCUAUGACGCUUAUCUGUGGUGUGAAUGAGCAGUUCUCUGCCUGCCAUACUCCGUGUCAACCGUCUUGCGAUGAUCCCACUUUGGCACCAUGUCCACCACCCACGUGUACACCUGGUUGCCACUGUCAGCCUGGUAAGUGCUUGAAGUCGUUGAAAAGCUGUUGCAGCCAUUCUUACGCUGGAGAAUCCACAGCGGGGGGCGUGAUCCAAGAAAUUUUGUUUUUCCAUCCCCCCUAG